AAUGCAGUGGACCGUUGGAGAUGCUGGACGAGCUCAAUGCAGAGGGCAGAGCCAAGAUAGCAGUUUUGAAAUUCUCCAUAGAGCAUCUGGCAUCCGUCGCCGAAACCGAGACGGAUAAAACGAAGAGGGUCGAAUUACUAUCUGCUGUGGAUGGUUACAAGGAACAGCUGAACACUUCCUUGGCUGCCUUCCGCAAGGCCAACGUUGUCAGUGCAUGUGUCAUUGAUAAAUUGGCAAGAGAGAAUCUGUUCUCUAUGCCGGAGGAACGACAAAACGCUCUCCGUAGGCGGCACGACAAACAAAGCUUGACGAACGUGUCUAGCCAACUGACAGACAAGUUGCUUAGUAUUUCCAGACAUCUCGCUGAAACAUCUCAAAGAAGCGCUGAUACACUAGAUACUUUGUUAACGUCUUCAGACAAGGUCGGCAAUACUAAGGACGAAUUGGAGCAUCAGCAACAAGCUAUAGUACAAUCAGGAAAACUAUUAGGGAAAUAUGGUAGACGAGAAGUCACUGAUAAAGCGCUGCUCGCAUUGGCAUUUGCCUUUUUCCUCGCCUGUGUAUUUUAUAUUCUACAAAAAAGGCUACUCUAAGCAUGUAUAAAGUUUUAAGGUAUAUGUAUAAGACGUAUAAAGUUUAAGAUGAGAUAGCAAACUGUUUAUAUAAUACAAAUGCAAAUUCUUAUGAGACGGGAAAAAAAGAAAUAAU